AUGAAGACUGAGGUGCGAAAGGCCGAGAACGAUGAAGUCCCCGUGAAUCUACAGGCUGGUUGUCGUGAGCUACAGGCACUCAUUGAGAGAGCAGUUGCUGUCGCUGGAGGUAGGGCGGCCGUCCCAGCGAACCAAGCGGAGUGGCUGAAGUCCCAGGCUCAGGGACUUGAAGUCAAGUUUCAAAAGGCUAACCGAGCCUGCAAGGUUGGCAGCAACAACGGACUCUCCAAGCUUGGGGAAGUGUGGCAAUUACCAGAUCCCCCGAAAGACACAUUUCAUAGCUUGAAGAUGCCUUUCCAGCAGAAAGAAUUCUCUCAGCCGCCACAUCCACCAGUCGGGACACCCGAGAACUCAGAGACGGCCAAGCCUUGGUACACCGUUGCACCUGGAAUCUGGGAACUGCAUCUAAAUGGUGAGAAGAAUUCAGAACAGAAGGCUGUUCUACAGUGGUGGGAGCCGAAUGCGGUAUCUGCCACUGACCAGGCAAUAACCCAUACCUAUAUCGAAGAAGUGUGUAUUGUUCAGGGAGAACUCGAGGAUGUGACACUGGGGCAAGCUUGGUCGACAGGUGCAUACGCAUAUCGCAAUCCAGGCAUGGAGCACGGGCCAUACAAAGCUUCGGCAUCAGGUUGCCUGAUGUUUGUCAAGGUGCUUCCUGGGAGCAAACCCGAGUAA